UAAUCCCCACGCACUCUCCGGCCUCACUCAGUCGGGUCUCCGCCGCCGCGACUUGCUGUCCAGCAGGCCUCUCUGCGCACCCUUCUCUUCCUUCCUUUCGCUCCUUCGCGCGUGCCGGGUAGCCAACUAGCAAGUCCCUCAAAUCACCUUCUUUCUUCGCAUCUAUUGCCAUCACUUGUUCUCUCGUCGUCACAGAGAUACGGCCAAGACUCAAGAUGUCUCUCCUGCAACGCGUCAUCGCUUCCGUCACCGCGGCCCUCAUCCUGGCUGUGCUCUCCGCUGAUGCAGCCGCCGAGGUGGACCCCAAUUGCCUGGGCUGCCUGUGCGAAGGUGCCACCAAGUGCAAUGCCACCACUCAGUGCCACGUGCCCUACGCUGGUGCCUACUUCUGCGGGCCCUUCCACAUCUCCUGGGCUUACUGGGCUGACGCGGGCAAGCCCGUCAUGCAGCACGACAACCCGGAGAAGCAGGGAGCCUUUGAGAACUGUGCCACAGACCUGUACUGCUCUGCAAGGAUUGUCAGGGAGUACAUGAACAAGUUUGGCAAGGACCCCAAGAAAGGUGACUGCAAUGGUGAUGGGAAGAUCGACUGCGUUGACUAUGCUUACAUGCACAGACUCGGAGGCUUCACCUGCAAGGACCCGUCCAUGACCAACACAUCCUUCUUCGAGAGGUUCAACACGUGCUGGCAGGUGGUCCAAGCAGCACUGCCCAAGGAGUCUCCUCAAGCUAGCUAAUCUUCUUUUGUCUCUCUUCAAGGAUAUCUGAGGUGUUUAUUGUCAUUUCUGUGUUACCAGUUGAUGGAUGUGACCAUCUUGCAGUGCUGGCAAAAUUAAAGCUGAAAGAAAAGUGGGUGUUUGAAAAGAAAGGUGAAGUAAAAAAGGAAAUACUGAUGAUAGAAAAGUUACAGGAAAAAGAAAUAAAAGAUGAGUAUAAUCGUGAAAUGGCAGAGGCCUUAAGUGAAAAAUGGGAAAGUGUAAAAGAUAAUACAAAUAUUGAAAAAGUUUUUGGAACAUUUAAAGAAAUAAUGGUAACUACAACAAAAAAAAGUGUAAGGGAUGAAAGUGGUGAGAGAUGGAAAAAGAAAAGGAAAUUCGUGGUGGACAGAAGAUAUAAGGAGGAUAGUAAAAGAGAAAAGGGAACUUUUUAAGAAAACUCAAGAAAGAAAUGUGGCUGAGCAAGUAAAAUGGGAAAGGAAAAAGAAAUAUAGAGAAUGCAAAAUGAAAUUAAAACAAGCAAUAAAAGAAAGUAAGAAGAGUUGAUGAAGAUUUUGGAAAAAGACUAAGUGAAAAACGAAAGAAAUGUAGAAAAUAUCUCCUCAAGUAAAAUAAAUGAAGUUAUGGAUGAGAAUGGAAAGAUGUUGGAAGAUGGGGAAGCUGUGAAAGAGAGAUGGAGAGAAUAUUUCACAAACUUUAAUGAAUUUUGAGGAUGGGCAUCCAGCAGCUGUAACAGCAGCAGUUUUGAGUAGAGGUAGAGGAGGAGUAUAUAAAGAAAGUAAAUUAGGCAAUAAAACGAUUAAAAAAUGGAAAGGCAGCAGGAACUGAUGGAGUCACAGCAGAAAUGUUGAAGUGUGGAGGAGAUGUAGUUGUUAAAUGGGGAUGGUCAAGAUAUGUGAAGUAGCAUGGGAGGGUUGGGGGGGGAGUGGUGCCAGCAGACUGGACGAAAGCCAUCAUUGUCCCAGUUUACAAAGGGAAGGGCAGGAGAGGGGAAUGUGGGAGCUAUAGAGGUAUAAGUCUCCUGAGUAUACCCGGAAAGGUAUAUGGGAAAGUCAUAAUAGAGAGGGUGCCGAGACUUACAGAAGAGAAAAUCAGUGAAGAACAAGGAGGCUUCAGGAAGGAAAGGGGAUGUGUGAAUCAGAUAUUUGCCUUCAGGAUGGUAGUAGAAAAAAUAAUAGCAAAAGGAAAGAAACUAUAUGCUGCCUUCAUGGAUUUGGAAAAAAGCUUAUGACAGAGUCGAUUGGAUUGCAUUGUGGGAUGUUUUAAAGAUUUAUGGUGUGGGAGGAAAACUGCUUAGUGCAAUAAAGUCUUUAUGAGGAUGCAUCUUCAUGUGUCAAAAUUACUGGAGAAACAAGUGAACAUUUUGAGAUAAAAGUGGGCUUAAGGCAGGGGUGUGGUCAUGUCACCAUGGUUAUUCAAUAUUUAUAUGGAUGGUGUUAUUAGAGAUAUGAAGGGCAAAGUUGGAGAAGUUGGAGUAAGACUGUUCGAUGAGGGAAGGAAGUGGGUACUGAAUUCGAUACUGUUUGCUGAUGACACGGUGCUCAUUGCAGAAAAUGAAAGUGACCUACAAAAUUUGGUCAGUGUUUUUGAUAGUGUCUGUAACAGGAGAAAGCUGAAAGUAAAUGUCAACAAAAAUAAAGUGAUGGUUUGUGAGCGAAGUAGAAGUGAGGUUGUAGAUUUUGUGUGCCCAUAUAGAGUGGGAAUUGAAUGUAAAAAAGAAUGCAAAAUAAAUUUGAAUGGUGAAGAAAUGGAGGAGGUCAAUGAGUUUAAGUACCUUGGAUCAGUUAUGUGUAAGCAUGGUGGUCCAGAGGGAGAGAUAAGAGAAAGGGUAUUGCAAGGAAGAAGUGUGGUAGGGUCUUUGGGACGAAUCAUGAAUGGCAGAAGUGUGAGCAUGGAGGUAAAGAGGGAUUUGAGAAAUACAAUAAUAGUACCAACCCUCACAUAUGCAAGUGAAACGUGGGCCUGGAAUGAAAGUCAGAGGUCUAGAGUGCAGGCAAUGGAAAUGAGUUAUUUGAGGAGUGCUUGUGGUGUGAGUAGAAUGGAUGGAAUGGGUAAUGAAAGUAUGUACGAACGUUUUGGAAUGUGUAACAGGGGUGAAGGGAAGAAGUGUUGAGUGGUAGAAGAAGUGAACAUAAGAACAUAAGAACGUAGGAGUCUGCAAGAGGCCGGUAGGCCUGUACGAGGCAGCUCCUUUGAACCUAAGCUCCCGUGUAUCUAACCCCAUCUAAUAUCGCUGUCCAUGAAUUUAUCUAAUUUAUUUUUGAAUGUGACAGUUGUAUUGGCACUCACCACGUGACUGCUAAGCCUAUUCCACUCAUCCACCACUCUGUUAGUAAACCAAUUUUUGCCCAUGUCCCUGUUGAAUCUGAAUUUAUCCAGUUUAAACCCAUUACUUCGUGUCCUACCCGGUUCUCUUACCAAUAAAACCUUAUGAAUAUCCCCCUUAUUAAAACCCUUCAUCCAUUUAUAAACCUCGAUCUUUAAAAUGGUUUGGCCACAUGGAGCGAAUGGAGGAGAGUAAGAUGACCAGAAGGGUGUAUGUGAGUGAGAUAGAGGGAGGGAAUGCUAGAGGACGACCUCCAGUGAAAUGGAGGGAUAGGAUGCAAGAGUACGUUAGGGAGAUGGGGGAAAGAUCUUUGAGAAACUUUGAGCAGGCAAGGAGGGAGUGUCUGGAUAGAGAAAGUUGGAAGCUCUUCUGCCGUGGCCAUCCCCUGGUGGGAGCUCCUAGGAGCAGGCGUCGAUGAAAUGAUGAUGAUGAUGACCAGUUGAUCAGGUUUUCAAGUGAUUUUUUUUCUAUCUGAAACUGUUGUGCAUUGCAUUUCAUAAUAAUGAUUCAUCCUCAUGAGCCCCCUCCUCUCCUUCAAACUGCUAUUUAUGCUGCUUCAUCAUUCACAAUUUAUUUAUUUCCUAUUAAUUUUUUUGAUGCUUACAUGCUUUUUCUUUGCAUCUUUGAUUAUUUUGAACACAGUCAUGAAUCUUCCCACGUCACCAUAGCAUUGUUGUGUGCACACUGUGUCUGUGUUUUCUGAGAUAUUUGGUUUAUUAGGGGUUGAAAAAAGUGUUUAUGUAUUUUAUUGCAAUUUGAUAUUAUCUAUAAACUUUUGUAACUCAUGAGUGCUAAAGUCAUAUUCCAUCUUGUAUUUUUCUAACUGAAUAAAGAUGAAUGAAAAUGAA